AACACUGCGAAGAAUCAUAUUUUUUGUACGGGCGUAAUUAGAAAGCAGUAAUUGAGUUAAUUUCCACGUCCUAACCACAACAACACUUCGUACACUCGCCCUGCGAAGCGAGCGCCCUUGCAUUUUCCCACCGGAAAAUCCGCCGCGUUGAAAGCGAACAACACUCGGGCGCAGACAAAAAAGUCUUAAAUCUACGUCGCCAUUUUUGACACGGCUCCUAAAUCGAAAACACAACACCAACACACCCAAAAAGAGCUGAGAGGAGAAGAAAAAAAAAAUAUACGUUAUAUACGAUUACGUCUAGGAAUAUUCGAAUAACAUUCAACGGCACGCAUGGGGAAUAGUCGUGAUUAGUGUUAUUAGCAACGAAUCGGAAGGGAAGAGUCACUUAAUAAAGGAGUACAGCACAUCGCCCUUAACCCUUACCCCAACCAUCAUCAUCGGGCAGUGUGUGACGUGCAGCAACUGUGAUCCUACCGCAAAAAAAUGGCCAAGACCUACGACUAUCUGUUCAAGUUGCUCCUGAUCGGCGACUCCGGUGUGGGCAAGACCUGCAUUCUGUUCCGGUUCUCCGAAGACGCCUUCAACACGACGUUUAUAUCCACAAUAGGUAUCGAUUUUAAAAUUAGAACAAUUGAAUUGGAUAACAAGAAAAUCAAGCUGCAAAUAUGGGACACUGCCGGCCAGGAGCGUUUUCGCACAAUCACCACGGCCUAUUACAGAGGUGCCAUGGGCAUCAUGCUGGUAUACGACAUUACCCAGGAGAAGUCCUUCGAGAACAUCAAAAACUGGAUCAGGAAUAUCGAGGAAAACGCCUCCGCGGACGUCGAGAAAAUGCUGCUGGGCAACAAGUGCGAAUUGACCGAUAAGCGACAGGUUUCAAAGGAGCGCGGUGAACAAUUGGCUAUCGAGUAUGGCAUAAAGUUCAUGGAAACCUCCGCAAAAGCCAGCAUCAACGUGGAAGAAGCCUUCCUCACCCUAGCCAGUGAUAUCAAAGCGAAAACGGAAAAGCGUAUGGAGGCGAACAACCCACCCAAGGGCGGCCAUCAGCUGAAACCGAUGGACAGUCGGACGAAGGACAGUUGGUUGUCCAGGUGCAGUCUGCUUUGACGUGGCAACGUGCGCUCGGCACUGAUGCGGCAUGGUGGCAACGGCUACGUGGCAGUAGUUUAUGGUGGUAACUACGAAGUAGUAGUUUUCUUAACUCUUAGGUUCGAAUACAACCGGGACCCCGAACAUGCGAACAUUAACUAACAUCUAAAUCAACCUUAAGCAUCAACAGCCGGCUCUCCCUAACCGAAUAAGCGCGAUAAUGGAAUAGAAAACAAAUUGCAUUAUGAAACAGUUAUUAAAUAAAGUAUAUGACGACUUCGUGUACGAAAUAUACCUAGGCAUGAUAAUAUAUAUAUAUACGUAUAUAACUCAAGUUAAAAAAGAGAUCCAGCGAUAACGUAAAGCGAAGAGCAGCCAAUCCAACCCGCCCGCGUCCUUCUCGAAGAGGUUUUAGUAUUAACGGAAUUAUGAUUUUCUCUAGCAGCCAUGGUUGUUGUCGAUUUGUAAAUUAUUACUUGUAAAACAAAUAUAUAUGUACUAUGUAUGCAUAUGAUUAGUUCA